AUGGCACCGAAUUUGAACUCUCCGAGCUCAAAUGGCAAAUGGGACUACUCGACGCCCGGAUCCGGCGGCUAUAACAUCCCGGACAUCAUAUACAAUGUCCGUCGUUAUAGUCCUAUCCAAAAGUAUUGUCAAAACGUUGAGCAUGUCAUUUACGAAAAGAACGCGGAUAUUGGUGGGACAUGGUUGGAGAAUAGAUAUCCCAACUGUGCUUGCGACGUGCCCUCCCACGCGUACACCCUGAACUUCGCUCUGAACCCCGACUGGCCGCGUUACUUCUCAUAUGCAACCGACAUUCACGAGUACCUCGGCAAGGUUUGUGACGUAUUCGGGCUUCGCAAAUAUAUGACUUUCAACACCGAGGUUAUUCGCGCAGAGUGGCAGGACGAUGUUGGAAAGUGGAAAGUCACGCUACAGCACAAGACGUCGUCCGGUGAGACCAAGGAGCUAGAAGAGGACUUCAAGUGGCCGGAUAUUCCGGGAAUGAAUAAGUUCAAAGGCCGGAUAGCGCAUACGGCGUCCUGGCCGGACGACUAUCAGAAAGAGCAAUGGAAGAAUGACUGCGUCGCUGUCAUCGGAUCCGGCGCGUCGUCGAUCCAGACGGUCCCGGGUAUGCAGCCAUACGUCAAGCAUCUGGACGUUUUUGUCCGCACCGGCGUCUGGUUCGUCUCGAUGGCAAAUAAUGCCGGCCAGAACAAGAUUUACACCGAGGAGGAAAAGGCGGCCUUUCCGAACAAUCCCAAGAACCUUGUUGCACAUGCCAAGGACAUGGAGACCCAGGUCAACGGCCUUUGGGGCGUGUUCUACACGGGGAGUGAGAAGCAAAAGGGUGCCCAGGAGAUGUUCAAGGCUAGGAUGAAGGAGUUUAUCAAGGACGAGAGGCUGCUGGAGGGCUUCACGCCCAAGUUUGAAGUUGGUUGCCGCCGUGUCACUCCAGGAGAUCCUUAUAUGGAAGCUAUCCAAAAGGACAAUGUCGACGUCCAUUUCACUGCAGUGGGAGAAAUCACCGAGAACGGCGUCAUCGGCCAAGACGGCAUCGAGCGACAAGUCGAUACGAUUGUCUGCGCGACCGGCUUCGACGUGACCUAUCGUCCCCGCUUCCCUGUCAUCGGCAAGAACGGAGUGGACCUCUCCGAUAAGUGGAGAGGGGCGCCGGAAAGUUAUCUUGGACUCGCAUGCCCCGACAUGCCGAACUGGCUCAUGUUCAUCGGCCCUACAUGGCCGGUGGAGAACGGCUCGGUCGCCGGACCGUUGCUUUCAGUCUCUGAGUAUGCAAUCCAGAUCAUAAAGAAGAUGCAGCGCGAUCAUAUCAAAUCUUGGGUCCCGCGCCAGGAUAUGACCGAUCUGUUCAACGAACAUGCACAAGAGUGGAUCAAACACACUGUGUGGAAGGACGACUGCAGAGCCUGGUAUAGGAACAAUGACACCGGUCGCGUGAAUGCCAUCUGGUGCGGCUCCUCCUUGCAAUACUGCCAAGUUAUUGAGACACCGCGCUAUGAGGACUUACAUAUCGAGUACAUGCACAAGAACCCUUGGGCACAUCUGGGCAUGGGGUACACGAUGGCGGAUGUUACGGAGGGUGCGGAUGUGAGCCCGUAUUUGCAGGUAGAGAAUAUCGAUCCGAAGUGGCUGCAGGCGAUUGGAUAUAAGGGCCCUGUUGAGGAGGUGGAGGAAGUGAGGAAUGAGAAGGAGAAGACGGGGACUAGCGGGAGCUCGACAAGGUUGUAG